CCGUGCAACGACCGUAACCAGGGUCGUGCAAACGUGCCAAUGAGGAGUGAGAAGCCAAAGAGGAAAGUGUAAUCGUGAGCUGGAAGCGAAGGAAUAGACUGGAGGAGGUCUCAGUUCGUCUUAAAACGCCUACGUAGCUUCUUCCACUCUAAUUCUACUGCGAACGAGACACAGUGAUUCGAAAAAAACACUCUCGAUUCGACAGAAGAGAACCAUGAAGACACGAAAUUUUCACAACUUUCUAGUGAUACUAAUUUCGACUCUGAUUCUUGCUGCUGAUGUACAAGCAGGAUGGAAAUUCUGGAAGAAGAAGGACAAAGAUACUACUACAACUACAAUUGCUCCAGAAGCAACUCCUGAACCAACCAAAGCUGUUCCAGGUGCUACACCUGUGUCGAAUAAACCUACAGGAGGUUUGAACAACGUUGGAUCAGCUGUACUCGGUGCAGGAGAUCCAGGAUUGGCUAUUGGAGUCACUUCCACUGGAGGGAAGAUCAAGGAGAACGCUAGACCAGGCAAACCUAAUCCUGGAACAGAAGUGGGCUUGGAUUUCCCGGUAGCUAAGCCAGGAAGACCAGGAGUUGGUGGUAACACCGGCCAAGGAUACAGAGAUUGGGCUGUAGAUCUGACUGGAGCUGGAGAACCUGGAAGACAACCGCCAAAAUUGCCAUCACAGGGACCAGCAGUAGGAAAUGGAGGUGCUAAGCCUGCUUCUACUCCUGCACCAGGAGCGAGACCUCAACAGCCUCAACCUCAACCACAACCUAAACCACAGGCACCAGGAGUUCCUGUAUCUUCUCCUAGACCAGCACUGGCACCAGGACAGCCUCAACCUACUCCCAGUCAAGCUGGAACUGGAGGAAAUCAAGUGUCUUCGCUGUAUAUUGGAUCUCUGAAACCUGGUGCUGCGACAACUCCAGUUCCUUCAAGACCAGGAAGUCCAGGAUCACCUGGUUCUCCAGGAAGUCCAGGGUCACCUGGUUUUCCAGCAAGUCCAGGAUCACCUGGGGCUCCAGGAAGUCCAGGGUCACCUGGUUCUCCAGGAAAAAGCUGGGCUGAUGUUGCUGCUGGAGGAAGCAGGCCUAAUUCACCUACACCUGCUCCUAGGCAACCUGGAUACCCUAAUCAACCAAGCUAUCCAGGUCAACCAAGCUACCCAGGUCAACCAGGUCAACAUCAACCUAGACCUCAAGCACAACCUCAACCUGGCAAAUCAGGACUAUCUACAGGGGCAAUAGCAGGAGGAGCACUUGCAGGAGGUGCAUUGGCAGGUGCAGCUGUGGCAGGAGCAGCCAGUGGACCACAGAAGACCUACUCUAGCAAUCCUACUUACAGUAAAGGGAACACAAUCACAGAUGAAGACUUGGAGAAACUCUCUGAAGCUUUGUUCAUUAAGGAUAACAACAAUGCUAACAGAUACAUCACGUUGAAUCUGCAGAAACAGACGAGCAGCAGUGGUACAACAGACGAUGCACCGCAACCAUUGUUCACCGUGAACACGGAAGCCUUCCAAGUACCAACGAUUCAAAAAGUAAUAACAAUCUACGAUAACUACAAACCUGACACCAACGUAAACGAGCACAUAAGUCCGUUGCAGAGACAGGAGGAGAGCCUCUUAGUCGACACGUUCCUUAGCACAAACGUAAUGUCCACUGCAAUGAGAUUCUUGGCGGAUAAGGGUCAGAUUCGCAAGGAUUACUACGAGUACAAGGACACAUUAAGGAAAAUAUGGUUCAAUUUGUUCUCCCGUGGACAAGGGAAAAUUGGAAGUUCAGGAUUCGAGCACGUCUUCAUGGCUGAAUUGAAAAAUGUACCAACUGGUACAGAGGUGGUUGGAUUACACAAUUGGAUCUACUAUUGCAAAGAGGAAGUUAAUGGAAAAGUGGAUUAUAAUGGAUAUAUAAAGAAACUUGACCUUGGAGAAAAAGCUUCCAUCGUGAAAGUACGCUCGAAAUACAGCGGCUACGAUAAACCAGUGACGACAAUAUUUGUGGGUACAUCGCCCGAACUGGAGAUGGCACUGUAUACAGUUUGUUUCUACGCGCGACCAGACGGAAAUUGCCCUGUGUCUCUAGGAGGGACAAGGUUCAACAUAGUCACGUAUAAAUUCAAGUACAGAGGCAACGACCUUGUUGGAACGGCGUAUCCCGACAUAUAAAUCCGUGCAAACGAGUUUGUUUAUAUUCUGACGAAGCCAGAGCAAAUGGUAUAGAUGUCGAGAGCAA